UUGGAUUAAGUGUGUGACGCACGGGGAAGGAAUACCAAAGGUGGAGUAAUUAGGAGGACGGACUGAUACCAUACAGAUAUGGCUAAUGAUGCGGCGGCUUGUGCAGAGAGGGCGACGAGUGACAUGCUGAUUGGUCCAGAUUGGGCAAUAAACAUUGAGCUAUGCGAUAUAAUAAAUAUGAAUCCUGGGCAAGCAAAAGAUGCCUUGAAGAUAAUCAAGAAGCGUCUGGGGAGUAAAAGUCCUAAAAUACAGCUCCUUGCUCUUUUUGUGUUGGAGACUCUUAGCAAAAAUUGUGGGGAGAAUGUGUUUCAGCAGAUUGUCGAGCGGGACAUCUUACAUGAAAUGGUCAAAAUCGUAAAGAAGAAGCCAGAUUUAAAUGUAAGGGAGAAGAUUUUAAUUUUAGUAGAUACAUGGCAAGAAGCUUUGGGAGGACCCAGGGGAAGGCAUCCCCAGUACUAUGCUGCAUAUAAUGAACUGAAGUCUGCUGGCGUAGAAUUUCCACCCCGUGAGGAGAACAGUGUACCACUGUUUACUCCGCCACAAACCCAUCCAAUUGUCCACCCUUCUUCGGCAUACGAGGAAGCUGCUGUCCAGGCCUCUCUCCAGUCUGAUGCUUCUGGACUCAGCUUGCCGGAUAUUCAAAAUGCUCAGGGACUAGCAGAUGUGUUAACGGAAAUGUUGGGUGCCUUGGGACCUCAGAAUCGUGAGGGUUUAAAGCAAGAGGUGAUAGUUGACCUUGUUGACCAGUGCCGUUCUUACCAAAAGCGUGUCUUGAGUCUUGUGAACAAUACCGUAGACGAGGAGCUCCUGUUAAUGGGAUUGACCUUGAACGAUAACCUGCAGCGUGUUCUUAGCUUGCAUGAUGACAUUGCGAAAGGAACCCCUGUUGUGGGAGUAGGAACUACAGAAACUCCAGUUGCACCUCUUACGAAUGUGAAUCAUGAGGAUGACGAGUCAGAAGAUGAUUUUGCCCAGUUAUCCCAUAGGUGA